GGUGUUGCGGGGCUUCUGUGUUGGUGGCGGCGGGUUGCGCGAUGGGGACGUGGAGUACGCGUUAACCGCGGCUAGAGCAGAAGGCAGUGGGUGAGAGUCUGAGCUGGGUCCAGUCAGGCGCUGAGAUCUUGGGAGCACUGAGAACUGGCGCUGCAGUUUAGAGUUGAAAUCAUUUGACAACACGUUGCAGAGGUUCGCUUCUCGACAUAAAUCCCUUCAGCUUCUCAGCUGUGAUUUGUUUGGACAUGAAAAGAGGAUAGAGGAUGGUAUAAUUUCAGCAUCGAGAUUUUACUAUUAAUGUUGCCGCAGAACAGUACUACUAACUGUGCAAGUACAGAGUAACCGAUGAAUGCACUCCAUCAUGUAUGUCAUGCACAGCACCGGGCCUAUUUCCAGGACCGGGCACGUGCGACUUGGAGCUGAUGGUGACCAGCCGGGGCUUAACUUGCCUCUAGCAUGGGGAGUUUGGUUUCUCCCACCUGCUCGCGCCUGUGCUUGGUGUGUUUCCCCCAGCGCAGCAGGGCUUGUAACUCACGCUCGCUUGCUGUUUCCUCUGGUUACUGCGUGGUUAUUGCUUUCUCGCUUCUUUCUCAAAUUACUGCUCUUUCUCUCUCGCUUGCGCUGCUCUCUCUUUUGCCUAUUUUGCGCUUGGGCCAUGUCCACUGUCUUCGUCGAUAACCGAUAUUUUCCUUUAAUCUCGUCCAACCCAUCACCCAAGACAGCAGAAACGUCACCAAUGUCCCCCAUGCCACUUCGGGCAUAACCUACCUCCUAUCUGCUUCUUGAAACUGCGAUAACCCAUAAUUAAUAAGCCGAUGUUGAUAA